GGAAGCCCAGCGGCAGUGUCGCAAAAACGUCGCGAAGGCGUCCGUUCUUGGCGGCUCCAGGCCACCUGUACAAUAAGCGGAGAGUGCUGGGGCUGGUAAACUAGUAUGGAAGCGGCCGAGGUCCUCCGAGCUUGCGGGGACUCGAUGGCGAAGCGGCUCGCCGGUGCCCCGGGCUGCUGAGCUCUCGCCGCCUGCGACCCCGUGGCGCGGCCGCAGGGCCAUGCUGGCCUCGCGGGUGGCGCGCGCCUCGUGGGGGGCCCUGCGCGGUGCCGCGUGGGCGCCGGGGGUGCGGCCGGGCAAAGGGCGCACCCGCUGGGCCCUGCUGCCUCCCGCGCCCGGCUGCCUGGGCUGCUUGGCGGAGCGCUGGUGGCUGCGCCCGGCCGCGCUCGGCCUGCGGCUGCCUGGCGCCGGCCGGCGGGCCCACUGCUCGGGCGGGGGGAAGACGGCCCCCGAGCCCGCGGCCGGAAAGGACGCCGCCGCCGAGGCCCGGAGUGGCCGGUGGGGCCCGGCGAGCGCCGCCAGUCUGUAUGAAAACCCAUGGACAAUCCCAAAUAUGUUGUCAAUGACGAGAAUUGGCUUGGCCCCAGUUUUGGGCUAUUUGAUUAUUGAAGAAGAUUUUAAUAUUGCACUAGGAGUUUUUGCUUUAGCUGGGCUAACUGAUUUGUUGGAUGGAUUUAUUGCUCGAAACUGGGCCAGUCAAAAAUCAGCUUUGGGAAGUGCUCUUGAUCCACUUGCUGAUAAAAUACUUAUCAGUAUCUUAUAUGUUAGCUUGACCUAUGCAGAUCUUAUCCCAGUUCCACUUACUUACAUGAUAAUUUCAAGAGAUGUAAUGUUGAUUGCUGCUGUGUUUUAUGUCAGAUAUCGAACUCUUCCAACACCGCGCACACUGUCUAAGUACUUCAAUCCUUGCUAUGCCACUGCUAGGUUAAAACCAACCUUCAUCAGCAAGGUAAACACAGCAGUCCAGUUAAUCUUGGUGGCAGCUUCUUUGGCAGCUCCGGUUUUCAAUUAUGCUGACAGCAUUUAUCUUCAGAUCCUGUGGUGUUUUACCGCUUUCACCACAGCUGCAUCAGCUUACAGUUAUUAUCAUUACGGUCGGAAAACUGUUCAGGUGAUAAAGGGCAGAUGAAAGCCAUCCGUCAUCGUUAGCAAGGAAGCAGGAUACAUUUUCGGCAGCAGGGCCAGUGGAAAUCUCCAGGAGUUUCCUUAUUUUGGUGUUCAGCUUGAAAAAGGACUUGUCAGAACAAACCAUGUCGUCAGAAUUUAAUGUGCAUUGAAAAUAAGCUUGAUCAUGGGUAUAAGCAGAAUUUCCAAUGUAUUUUUAAAUACAAAUAAAACUAUAGAAUUUUUUAUCUUAGGUCUCUUGAUUAAUUUAUAAGGUUGCAAUUAUUCCAGUUAUUGUCAGCCAUUUUUUUUACUCCAUUAAAAAAAUAAUCCAGAGCAUAGAAACAGAGGAGUUGCCACUUCUCUUUAAUAGAAUUUAGAUGGCUCACAAAGCCCUCAGGAAUUUGUUGGGUUUAAAUAUACAUCCUAUAUAACUUGGCUACAUAGUUUUAUGUUUGAUUUUUAGAUCUGUGUACACAUUAACAGUGUAUGUGGUUAAUAUUUGAUUGUUUAGGAUAAUGACAGAAUACAGGUAGCUUAGUUGUGGAUGAAGUAAAUUUGUAAAGAGAUUUAAAAUGCAAUAAGUUUUGAAAAUAAUAAGAUCAAAAUAGAAGGUACUGAAGUUCAUGUUUAGUGUUCUUCCAACCUCUCAGGUGCCUAACAGUUUAUGCAUCAGGAUAAUAAGUGACAAAGGCAGCUGGAAAAUGAAAGCAUGUCUGUCACGCUAGCCAUCCACGAGGCAGUGAGUUCCAUCAUGCCUUCCCACUGUAUUUCUAACAUAACAGUGUUUGUAUCAUACGGGAACCUGUACUCAUAUGUUAUGUAAAUAAUAUGAAACUGUGUAUUUUUCAAAGUUUUUUUUUUUAAACUCUGGGGAAUCUUGUUAAGAUGUUAAAGGAAUAAAAGAGUUGGAAAAAAGUGUACCUUCAA